GCAGGGACGGACGCCCUCACACCGCCGUCGCCGCCCGGCAGCUAUGGAUCUAUUCGACUUUUUCAGGGACUGGGACUUGGAGCAGCAGUGUCACUACGAACAAGACCGUAGUGCUCUUAAAAAGAAGGAAUGGGAGCGGAGGACUCAGGAAGUCCAGCAAGAAGAUGAUCUCUUUCCUUCAGGCUUUGAUCUUUUUGGGGAGCCCUACAAGACAAACAAAGGUGAUGCCCUUGCCAACCGAGUCCAGAACACGCUUGGAAACUACGAUGAAAUGAAGGAUUUGCUAACGAACCAUUCUAAUCAGAAUCAUCUAGUGGGAAUCCCAAAGAACUCUGUGCCCCAGACUUCCAUCAACAAAAAUGAACCAAGCUUUUUCCCAGAGCAAAAGAGUCGAAUGAUGCCAUCUCAGCAGGAUAAUAUCCACUCCUCAGCAUCAGUGCCUCCGCCUUCUGUUGUGAUACUGAAUUCAACUCUAAUACAGAGCAACAGAAAGUCAAAACCUGAGUGGCCACGAGAUAAUAAUAAUCCUAGCACCAUAUCAGCAAGCCAAGCAACUAGCCAACUCAACAAGAUGCAGACUUUGUCACAGGACCAGCCUCAAGCCAGACUUGAAGAUUUUUUUGUCUACCCAGCUGAAGCACCCCAAGUUGGAGCCAUUGAGGAGUCAAACCCACCUGCAAAGGAAGACAUUAAUCCUGUGUUUAGUGGAGAAGAUGCUUUCAAAGAAAUCUUUCAGUCCGACUCAGUAGAAGAAUCUGAAUUUACAGUGCAAGCACCUGGGUCUCCCUUAGUUGCCUCUUCUUUGUUAGCUCCCAGCAGUGGCCUUUCAGUUCAAAGCUUCCCCCCAGGGCUUUACUGCAAAACAAGCAUGGGGCAGCAAAAGCCAACUGCAUAUGUAAGACCCAUGGAUGGCCAAGAACAGGCCACAGACAUCUCACCAACACUGAAACCUUCCAUUGAAUUUGAGAGCAACUUUGGGAAUCUGUCAUUCGGAUCACUCUUGGACGGAAAACCCAGUGCAGCCAGUUCAAAGACUAAACUGUCGAAGUUCACCAUCCUCCAAACAAAUGAAGUUAACAUUCCCAGUGAUCCAAGCUGUGUUGAGGAAAUAUUACGGGAGAUGACCCAUUCCUGGCCCACUCCUCUCACUGCCAUGCACACUCCCGGAAACGCUGAGCAACAGGCAUUUUCCAUCCCAGGACAGGAAUCUCAACAUUUGACUCCAGGAUUCAACUUACAAAAGUGGAGUGAUCCAACCAGCAGAGCGUCUACAAAGAUGCUUGAGGAUGACCUGAAGCUGAGCAGUGAUGAAGAUGAGCUUGAGCCUGUGAAGAGCUUGACCACUCAGUGCACUGCUACUGAGCUGUAUCAGGCUGUUGAAAAGGCAAAACCUAAGAGUAAUCCCGUGAACCCCCCCUUGGCCACAUCCCAGCCUCCAGUGGUAGCACAAGCUGGUGGAGGGUCUGGCAGCUCCAGUGAGUCAGAGAGCAGCUCUGAGUCGGAUUCAGACAGCGAAAGCAGCACCACGGACAGCGAAUCCAAUGAGCCACCUCUUGCGGCUACUCCUGAGCCUGAACCACCUUCAACCAACAAGUGGCAGCUGGAUAAAUGGCUUAAUAAAGUGACAUCACAAAACAAGUCAUUUAUUUGUGGCCAAAAUGAAACACCCAUGGAGACCAUUUCCUUGACGCCUCCUAUCAUCCAGCCAAUGGAAGUUCAGCUCAAAGUGAAGCCAAACUCCAGUCAGAUUCUGGCUGAGCCUAAGGAACGCCCUCUCCUCAGCCUCAUCAGGGAGAAAGCCCGGCCACGGCCGGCCCAAAGAACUCUGGAAUCAAAGGCUUUGAAGCAUAAGCUAUCAGCACCAAUCGAGGCAGCUUCUCAAAGGACUAUGGGGAAAAAGCAGCCCAGGAAAGUGGAGAAGACCACCAGCAUUGAGGAGUUUAACUGGCCCAAACCGAACAUUACCAGCAGCACUCCCAAAGACAAAGAAAGUAUAGAGCUUCCGGAUCCGCCCAGAGGCCGGAACAAAACUGCAACCCACAAACCAGUGCCUAGGAAAGAAGCAAGGCCUAAUAUCCCUUUAGCUGCUGAGAAGAAGAAGUACAGAGGGCCUGGCAAGAUUGUGCCAAAGUCUCGGGAAUUCAUUGAAACAGAUUCAUCUACAUCUGACUCUAACACGGAUCAGGAAGAGACCCUGCAGAUCAAAGUGCUGCCUCCUUGUGUUGUACCUGGAGCUAAUACUGCCAAAUCCAAGGAAGCCUGUGGUGCCAGUCUAACCCUGAGCACCUUAACCAGCUGUAGCAGCAGCAGCAGCAGCAGCAGCAACUUAUCCAUCAAUAAUGAAGAGCCAACAUUUUCACCGAUUUCUGUCACACAAACUGAGCUGCUGUCCCCACUACGAGAUCAGGAGAAUCUGAAAAACCUCUGGGUGAAGAUCGAUUUGGACUUGCUCUCUAGGGUACCUGGCCACAACUCACUCCAAAUAGCAGUGGCCAAGGCAGAACACAAGGAGAUUACCUCAAAAUCCAAGCGUCAUACUUCUACCAUAGCCGGGGAAAAACUGGGCCCGAAGGGCAAGCGUAAGCACAAGCCAACAGAAGUUUCAGAGAAAGUCCCCGAGAAGAAGCAACGCAUGGAGGAGGCCACGACCGUCUGCUUGCUGCCCCCUUGCAUCUCACCAGCCCCGUCCCAUAAGCCUCCAAACAUCAGAGAAAAUAAUUCAUCCAGGAGAGCAAAUAGAAGAAAGGAAGAAAAACUAUUCCCUCCUCCACUUUCCCCACUGCCAGAGGACCCUCCACGUCGCAGAAAUGUCAGCGGUAAUAAUGGCCUUUUCAAUCAAGACAAAAACUUCUCCGUGACUGGACAGAUCAUCUCUACUAAAACUAAGAGAAGUGAAAAUAAAUUCUGUGCUACCUUCAGAGGAAUAUCUGUAAAUGAGGGAGACACUCCAAAAAAGAUACCCUCCGCCACCAUCAUUGUCAGCAACACUGCUAUUGCUACUGCCACUGUCACUGCUACUUCCAUUGUCACUGCCACUGUCACAGCUACCACCACUGCCACGGCCACCACAACAACCACUACCACUACCAUUUCCACCAUCACCUCUACCAUAACUACUGGCCUCAUGGAUAGCAGUCACCUGGAGAUGACGUCCUGGGCAGCACUGCCCCUUCUGUCCAGCAGCAGCACUAAUGUCCGGAGACCCAAGCUCACUUUUGAUGACUCGGUUCACAACGCUGAUUACUACAUGCAGGAGGCUAAGAAGCUGAAGCACAAGGCUGAUGCACUGUUCGAGAAAUUCGGCAAAGCUGUGAAUUAUGCUGAUGCUGCCCUCUCCUUCACCGAAUGUGGCAAUGCCAUGGAACGUGAUCCCCUGGAGGCAAAGUCCCCGUACACCAUGUACUCUGAGACUGUGGAGCUCCUCAGGUAUGCAAUGAGGCUGAAGAACUUUGCAAGCCCUUUGGCUUCAGAUGGAGAUAAAAAACUGGCAGUGCUAUGCUAUCGAUGCUUAUCACUUCUCUACUUGAGGAUGUUUAAGCUGAAGAAGGACCAUGCUAUGAAGUACUCUAGAUCCCUGAUGGAAUACUUUAAGCAAAAUGCCUCAAAAGUCGCUCAGAUACCAUCUCCAUGGGUAGGCAAUGGAAAGAACACUCCUUCCCCAGUGUCUCUCAACAAUGUCUCUCCCAUCAACCCAAUGGCGAACUGUAACAACGGCCCUGUCACCAUCCCCCAGCGCAUUCACCACAUGGCUGCCAGCCAUGUCAACAUCACUAGCAAUGUUUUACGGGGCUACGAACACUGGGACAUGGCUGACAAACUGACAAGAGAGAACAAAGAAUUCUUUGGUGACCUGGACACGUUGAUGGGGCCUCUGACCCAGCACAGCAGCAUGACCAAUCUUGUCCGCUACGUUCGCCAAGGACUAUGUUGGCUGCGCAUCGAUGCCCAUUUGUUGUAGUUGAUGCACUCCCAUCUCUAACAUCACCACCCAUUACUCUACCUCUGCCAGCACACUGAUGGUCACUGGUGGAAGUCCACUCAUUUGGGAAAGUUAUCUUUGAUUCUCUUUGUUCUUAUGCUUCUUUGGAUAUCUGUGAAAAACUGAAAUCAUCGUAAGUGGACACUACAACUUGAGAGCAGUGUAUGUUUUAUCACUUAGUCAUUUUUCAGCAUUUGAUAUGCAUUUCUCGUAUGCCACCAUUUAUUUUGUACUUUGUAGAAUGCCCACAUUGUUUUAAGUCCACACUACCCAAAACAAAUAAUGGGAAAUAUUUGUGUUGAUGAAAGGUUCCUGAGAAAUCAAAUAAGCAGUUUUACACAUGCAUGAGAACUUACACAUAGAGACCUGAAAAGAUUUUCAGCAAACUAUGCUCUUAGGUCCAGAAAAGAGCAUAUUUUAGAAUCCACUGAUAAACUCUGGUGAUUCCCGCAGACUAAAUCUUCACAUGAGAAUCUUCAUUGUCAAACUAACCGGUUAGAUGUUGUACCAAUACCACAAAAUCAAGAGUCUUGACAAAAUAAAUGAGUGUAGCAAUGCCACUUGUAAAGUGGUGCCAUGCCAUGUCUGAGCAGAGGAUUUUUUGUUAACAUCCUUUCCAGAGCCCCAAUUUUUUUUUUUAAUUAGUGAUGAAAUGAAAGGACAACGUUUCUUUUGACAGCUUUAACGUGUCAGCUGGCAUAAAUAUUUUUUAACUCCAUGAUCUGAAUGAAGCAUAAAUAAUCACCUGGGUUCUCUUUAGCAAAGUUAUCUUCUUGAAGAGAAGUUUGCUAUCCAAAACGCUACACUCUACUGUUGGAAUCAGGGAGAUAAGAUAGUUCGCAAAAAUGUCUGACAAGAAAUUCACACCUCUUCCUCUUUUGGCAGACAGGCCCACAACUAGAAGGAUUGUUAACAUAUAUUUUUCUCAAAUCUUUUGAAACAAGUCAAAUUAUGCUUACCUAGAAUUAAUAAUAUACAGUUUGCUUCCUAAUGGCUUUGAAAUCUGGACUUCUACAAUCAUUAGCUGCAUUUUCCAUUCCUCAGGAUUUCUUUACUCUGUUUUCUUUUUUUUUUAUUUUUCUUUCUUCUCAUUUUACUUUUUUGUCACAUUAGCUUUUGACAAACAUACAAUCACUGAUUUUAUUCCAGGUGAUAUCAACAUGAAUGAUUUACACAAAAAUUCCAAAGAAAACUCCAAACUCUCUAGUAGCUAGCUUUUUAUAGAGAAAGGUGGGUCUUGGGUAAUACAUCACGUUGGGAUUCUCUGAAUGAUCCCUAAGGAAUGGAAAGAGUUCAUCUAAUUUGGCGACAUUCCCCUCUUCUUUAUGACCCUC